CAGAGGGCGGGAGGUAGAGGUGGGGGCACCUGCCCUGCACCGGGUGCCGGCAGAGAAGUAAAGGAAAGCCCCGCCCCUUCCCCGCCUCCGUUCCGCCCUCGCCCCCGCCCCCGGGGCUCUUUAAAAGCUCGGCCCGAGGACGAACAGAGAAAGCCAGUAUCCCCUCCCGGUCCUGGCUGGUGUCCUGCUGCACCCCCGCGUCCCAGCCCCGAGUCCCAAUCCCUGCUCUCCAGCCCGGUCGCCAUGGAAAGCUGGCCCUGGCCGUCGGGCGGCGCCUGGCUGCUCGUGGCGGCCCGUGCGCUGCUGCAGCUGCUGCGCUCAGACCUGCGUCUGGGCUGCCCGCUGCUGGCGGCGCUGGUGCUGCUGGCCGCGCUCGACUGGCUGUGCCAGCGCCUGCUACCCCCGCUGGCCGCACUUGUCGUGUUGGCCGCCACCGGCUGGAUCGUGUUGUCCCGCCUGGCGCGCCCGCAGCGCCUGCCCGUGGCGACUCGCGCGGUGCUCAUCACCGGCUGUGACUCUGGUUUUGGCAACGCGACGGCCAAGAAGCUUGACGCCAUGGGCUUCACAGUGUUGGCCACCGUGUUGGAUCUGAAUAGCCCUGGCGCCCUAGAGCUACGUACCUGCUGUUCUUCUCGUCUGAAGCUGCUGCAGAUGGACCUGACCAAGCCAGCAGACAUUAGCCGUGUGCUGGAGUUCACCAAGGUCCACACCGCCAGCACUGGUCUGUGGGGCCUGGUCAACAACGCAGGCCAGAACAUCUUUGUGGCGGAUGCAGAGCUGUGUCCAGUGGCCACGUUCCGCACCUGCAUGGAGGUGAACUUCUUUGGUGCACUAGAGAUGACCAAAGGCCUCUUGCCACUGCUGCGUCGUUCGAGUGGUCGCAUUGUGACCGUGAGCAGCCCAGCAGGAGACAUGCCGUUUCCAUGCUUGGCUGCCUAUGGGACCUCCAAAGCGGCCUUGACGUUGCUUAUGGGCAACUUUAGCUGUGAACUUCUGCCCUGGGGUGUCAAGGUCAGCAUCAUCCAGCCUGCCUGCUUCAAGACAGAGUCAGUGAAGGACGUGCACCGGUGGGAAGAGCGCAAGCAGCAGCUGCUGGCCACCCUGCCACGAGAGCUGCUGCAGGCCUAUGGUGAGGACUACAUCGAGCACUUGAAUAGGCAGUUCCUGCACUCUCUGAGCCAGGCUCUGCCAGACCUCAGCCCGGUGGUAGAUGCCAUCACCGAUGCACUGCUGGCGGCCCAGCCACGCCGCCGCUAUUACCCAGGUCAUGGCCUGGGGCUCAUAUACUUCAUCCACUACUACCUGCCUGAGGGCCUGCGGCAGCGUUUCCUACAGUCCUUCUUCAUCAGUCCCUCUGUGCCGAGAGCACUACAGGCUGGCCAGCCAGACCUGACGUCUGCCCGGGACAUAGCCCAGGACCAAGGCCCUAGACCAGACCCCUCUCCCACUGCCCAGUGAGCAGGGCGCACGUAGAGCAUCUCCAGCAAAGGAGGCUCCUUGUGCCCUUGCUCCUCUUCCAGGUAUUCUGACGCCCAGGUCUGUGCCUAGAGCCUGGCCCAAAGGACUCCAACCCCAUGCACUGCCGAUGCCACAGGCCAGGCCUGGUGAGAUGAAGGCUUUCCAGUGAAUCUCUGGGCCUCUCCUGCUUCAUGAGCCCAAACAGACCCUCCUGGGCACAAGGCUCCACCAUGCAGAACCCAGCUGGAUGGGGAGUUUAGUUCGAGGCUUAACUAGAGCCUUAGCCAGGGUCCCACAGUGCCUCUGCAAACUAAGGCGAGACUAGGUACGUUGGGGACCCCCUCAGGAUUAUUUCUUGGCACCAGUGCCUCAGUGCUGUGAUUUGAAGGGUGAAUCCUGUUUCUUGACUGGCUCAAGGAUUAGGGCCCUGACCACCCACCUCAAGCCCCCCAAGCCACAGGGAGGUUACAUACUCACCUGAUUGCCACUUUUUGAAUAAAGACAAAUUUUUAUAUCUCCUA